CAAGGUGUCAUGCCAGUCCUGUCGAUGGCGGAGCCCGUGGUUGAUCACCAGAGACGGUUUCAGGCCGCUGUGGAUGUCAUCCAUAACCUCCCCAAAAACGGUUCCUACCGCCCGUCCUAUGAAGUCAUGCUGCGUUUCUACAGUCUGUACAAGCAGGCGGUGUGUGGACCCUGUGCAGUGCCUCGACCCGGCUUCUGGGACCCAGUGGGUCGCUACAAAUGGGAUGCCUGGAGACGCCUGGGAGAGAUGAGCAGCAAGGGCGCCAUGGCGGCAUACGUUGACGAGAUGAAGAAAGUGGCACAGGAGGUCGUCGACACCAUGCCCAUGAACGAGAAAACAGCCUCGCUCUUCCACCACUUUGAGCCCCUCUACCUGGUGAUUGAUGACAUGCCGCGCCCUCCAGAGUCUCUGCUCACACUCGAAGAAGGUCUUAAAGGAGGUGGCCAUGCUCAGGGGCUGACGGAUGUGAAGGACGAGGAGCAGGGUGGUGCUGAAGAAGACUCUUCUCUUCCAGAAGGUGCCCAUCAGGAUCAGGAGUUGAACCCGUCUGAGGUCCUAGACCUCACUGCCAACACCAUCCCCAAUGACUCUGGUGUGUGUGAGGGUUUGGCGUUGACCAGUGACUCAGAGAGCGAGAUCUUCUGCGACUCCGUGGAUUCGGUGGAGCAACUCGGCAACGUCAAGAUUCCUUUGGUCAAGACCAACGGCUUCCACAACGGCCAUGCAUCCCCCGAGUUGCCCCCCGUUCAGAGCCACCAGCUGGAGGGCGGUCUGGGGGUCCGACAGGUCGGAGCAGGUGCAGGUGGAGAGGGGGCGGAGGAUGGAAAGGGUCCGAGUCCCAACAGGAGGGGUCGAAACCCCGGGCGGGAAGGUUCCAACCACAACUGGAGAGAACGUGGUGUUCCUCAGGGCAGUCCAAUGGGGGGCCCCGGUGGAGGCGGCGGAGGGGCGGGCCGGGGAGGAGGGGACGGUUCGGAGGGUGGGGUCGAGAGGCUGCAUGACGCCCAGCUACAGCAGCAGAUCAUUCUGGCCCUACGGAGGCUCAGAGAGGACAUGAGGAGCGUGAUGGACAGGCUGGAGGUGGUGGAGAGGCUCGCCGCCACACACGCCCAGAGUUCAGAGUGGAGGCCGUGUCUUCAGUGCGCAGCCGCAGUCUCCAAACCACAGGAGGAGAGGUGGUGGCUGUUCGACGUGUCGGGUCAGACCGUCGUCCUCUUCCUGCUGUGGCCGUUCGUCGCUCAGGGUCUGGUCUCCCUGCUGAGGAAAGCCCAGAGGAGGAGUCGACCGUCUUCAUGAGCCGGCGGGAGACAUCCAACCGCUCGCCUACACAGUAACCCGGAGGGGCCAGACGUCUAAUUUUGUUCAGCAGCAGAGGAUCAAAUCAAAAAAUGAAAUCACGGGAAGGCCUCGUCCUCCCUCACAUGUACACUGAUAUGAAGGGACUCGCUGUCUGCUCGGAGAAGAGACGUACCUGGUCCCGGGACAAACCUCAGGAUCCAGAGAUCCUCUCACUCACCACAGCACAUAACUCUUUGUUUAAAUUAUUGAAGUGGAAUCAGCUGGCUUGUGUUGGGAAGCACAACAUAAUAUUGUUUUUACCAAACCUGGAUAUGUGCAAAUACUGAACAUGAGCCUGAAUUAUUAAUUAUUAUUUAAUCUAAAUGAGACACGAUCAUCAUGUUCCAUUUACUUAUGGAUUUGCCAUAUGAUCUGUGUCUUUUGUAAUAUACAGAAUAUUGUUGUUAUUGUCCAAAACGGCACGAUGCAGUCAGAGUAUCUGCUUUCAAAUGGAUGAAGAAGUCAACGUACAGAUCUAGUUUUUAUCAUUUUUAUCUGUGAUACGGGGAGAAAGCACUCUGUAUCGGCAGAGAUGACUCCAUGGCAACACUUCAUCAACUCAUGGGAAUCUUCAGUUCUGAUUUCUGACCUCAGAUUGUUUUGUCAGCAUCUCUUUUUACAGUGAAACUGUCUUUUCAUUGCUUUGUCUCUUCAGACCCGUGUGCUGACUGACUGAUUCCAUCUAGAGCACAUCGCCCGAGAUGAUCAAAUUCACUGAAAUGAUGAAUUUUAUUGAUGCUACAACGGGAUCAUUUGUUUUCUAAAGCAGCCCCGUGACCAACGGUCAUGUAUAAUACUAAUGCAUGAGCUCAAAUUAAUAAAUCUAUAUUGAAUAGAACGUGGUGGUGUGUCAAAUCUUGGUGGCAAAAGUAAUAGUAAUAGUAAUUAUUACUACUACAAUAGUAAUUUAAGCACAAGGCCUCUAGUUUAACAGCAGUUAACUGGCAGUAACAGUGUAGGGAAGCACCGAUACCUGACUUACAUUGAUUCAUUAAAUUCUAUGUUUAUACAAACAUUAUAUACUGGAAUUAUAAUUCCUGUUUUAACAUGUUACUCUAUAUUAUGAAUUUAAUGUGAGUAAAGUCACAUAUACAUCACUGAUAAAAUAUACCUUUAAGAUGCAUUAAAAUAAUGUUAUGAAUUGCGUACAAAUGUGUUAAAGUUCACUGU